CGCGCUCCCUCCUCGGCCCUCCCAUCAUCCGCGGCGCGCGCCCGUCGCCCGGCCCCGCCAUGCCGCACUCGCACCCCUCCGUCGGCGUCCUCGACGCGGCCGCCGACGCGCCGUCGGCCGCGGAGAUCAAGGCGGAGCUGGAGCCGCGGAGAGCGCUCACGGAGAACGGCUCCGCCUCGUACGCCAACUCGGGCAGCCCCUGCCUGGACUUCUUCUUCCAGGUGGUGCCCGACACGCCGCCCGAGCGCGUGCGCGGCCUGCUCGCCGCCGCCUGGGCGCACGACGCGCUCACGGCGCUCAAGCUCGCCUGCAACCGGCGCGGCGUCCGCGGCACCGGCAAGUCGGACAAGGAGGGCUUCUACGCCGCCGCGCUCUGGCUGCACCAGAACCACCCCCGCACGCUCGCCUGCAACGUCGCCGCGCUCGCCGAGUUCGGCUACCUCAAGGACUUGCCCGAGCUGCUCUUCCGCCUCAUCCACGGCCCCGACGUGCGCAGGCUCGCCAGGGAGAGCGCCGCCGCCGAGAAGGCGGACGGGAAGGAGAAGGACCACGGCAAGCCUAGGCUGGCCGACCGCAAGCAAGCCCGCGUGCUGGCCCCUGUGCCGCCAAAGCCCAUGUCCGGGGCCUAUCACUCCGCCGCCCUCGCCGGGUCCGGCAAGGGCAAACCCAUGGAGGUGGAGGCCGCCCCUGUCCCGGUCCAGGAGCCGGCCGAGCAGAAGCCGAAGGUCCGGAAGGUGGCCAAGCUCGCCGUGAAGUCGCUGGAGACGUACUACGGCGACCGUGCCUACCGCUUCCUGUUCGACGCUGUCGCUGACUUCUUCGCCGCCCUCCUUGCGACGGACCUCGAGCAGCUGGCCCUCGACGGCAAGAAGAGGAAGAUCGGGCUCGCCGCCAAGUGGUGCCCCACGCCGGGCUCGUCGUUUGACCGCACAACGCUGCUCUGCGAGGCCAUCGCACGCCGCCUCUUCCCGCGGGACUCGGACCCCGAGUACGCCGAGCUCUCCGACGAGCACUACACGUACCAAACCCUCCACCGCCUCCGCCGCGAGGUGCUCGUCCCUCUGCGCAAGGUCCUGGAGCUCCCUGAAGUGUACAUGAGCGCACAGCGGUGGUCGGAGCUGCCCUACACCCGUGUUGCCUCGGUGGCCAUGCGGCGCUACAAGGUCCUCUUCAAGAAGCACGACGAGGAGCGCUUCGACAAGUACCUGGAGGACGUGGAGGCCGGCAAGGCCAAGAUCUCGGCGGGGGCGCUGCUGCCCCACGAGAUCGCGGCGGCCGCCUACCGUGGCGAGGACGACGACGUGUCCGAGCUGCAGUGGCGCCGCAUGGUGGACGACCUCCGCUCCAAGGGCUCGUUGUGCAAUUGCAUCUCAGUCUGCGACGUGUCCGGCAGCAUGACCGGCACUCCCAUGGAGGUGUGCAUUGCGCUCGGCGUGCUCACGUCGGAGCUCAGCGAGGAGCCGUGGGCGGGCAAGGUGAUCACCUUCAGCGAGAGGCCUGAGCUCCAGCUCAUCAACGGCAAGACCCUCCGUGAGAAGAUGAGGUUCGUGCAGCGUAUGGAGUGGGACAUGAACACCAACUUCCAAGCAGUGUUCGACCAGAUCCUCCGCACGGCGGUGGAAACCCGGCUGGCGCCAGAGAAGAUGAUCAGGACUGUGUUUGUGUACAGCGACAUGGAGUUCGACGAGGCGUCGGGGCACGAGGAUGACGACGACGAUGACUACUCUGAGGACGACGAUGAGGAGGACGAGGAGGAGGAAAAGCAGCGGUCGUGGAACACAGACUAUAAGGUGAUCUGCCAGAAGUUUAGGGACGCCGGGUACGGGGACGUGGUGCCGCAAAUCAUCUUCUGGAACCUGCGCGACUCCAAAUCGACGCCGGUGACGUCGACGCAGCCCGGGGUGGCCAUGGUGAGCGGCUUCUCGAAGAACUUCCUCAAGAUCUUCCUGAAGAGGGACGGCGUGGUGAACCCCGAGGCCAUCAUGAUGGAGGCCAUCGCCGGCGACGAGUACCAGAAGCUGGCUGUGUUCGACUAGACCGAUCAUCAAAUUUUGCUCGCCUCUGUUUGCAAGCAUUUAAAUUUCUCGCCCUAACCAACUGUCACGCCUGGCAAAGCUAGAUUUUAACGUGCUACCAAAUGCACGGCCUCGCCAGGCAAGGCAAAUU